AUGAGGAGUCGUGUGGUUGCUCAACAGCUCAAGGAGUGUCGUGCAUCAGAAGGGUUGUAUGCGGUUGCUGCUUGGGGUGCCCGUGAGGAGUUGGAGUGGUGGGAUUGGUUGCCGAUGACGAAGGUGGUUGCUGAUGAGAGGGAUUCUUUGUUGAAAGCUGUCAACUGUGUUGAGGUUGAAAGUGUCCUGAUUCAGUGCAACCGGCAGCAUCAACGAAAUUCAAGCAUCUGCUGUUCUGGAAUUUGUAUCGAAGUGAUGAUGUCAGUGGAGGAGAAGCCGACGUCAUCAUCGGCAUCCUCGACGGUUACGGUGGUACGUAGAGAAGUGGAUCCGUUGCUGAAGGAUCUGAACGAGAAGAAGCAGAGCUUCAGGCGGAACGUGGUGUCGUUGGCGUCGGAGCUCAAGGACGUUCGCGGCCGUCUCGCUUCUCAAGAAAAGUGUUUUGCUCGCGAAACCCUAACUAGACAGGAAGCUGAAACCAAAGCGAAAAUCAUGGAAAAUGAAAUUAGUAGAUUGCAGAAAAGCUUAGAGGAGAGAAAUGUCCAGCUUCAGGAGUCAACAUAUGCUGCUGAUAUGUGUGACAAGGAUCUGGAUGAUUUGAGAUCACAGCUUUUGGCGACUAAAGCUACAACAGAUGCUAGUGCACAGUCCGCUCAAUCUGCAGAAUUACAGUGUCUGGCGCUUUUGAAAGAAUUAGAAGAGAAGAAUUUCUCUUUAAAGGAGCACGAGGUUCAUAUCAAUAAGCUGGGAGAAAAAAUAGAUAUUCUUCAGAAGAAUCUUCAAGCUAGGGAUCUUUCUCAAAUACAACUGAAAGAUGAAGUCAUGAGAAUAGAGCACGAGAUUAUGCAAGCAUUAGCCAAGGCUGGAGCGAAUAAAGAUUGUGAGCUUAGGAAAAUAUUAGAUGAAGUUUCCCCUAAGAAUAUUGAAAAGAUGAAUAAACUUUUGACUGUAAAGGAUGAAGACAUCGCUAAGCUGAGAGAUGAAAUAAGGAUUAUGUCUGCUCAUUGGAAGCUUAAAACUAAGGAGUUGGAAUCUCAGUUAGAGAAGCAUCGUAGAGCAGACCAGGAGUUGAAAAAGAAAGUACUGAAAUUAGAGUUUUGUCUACAAGAAGCUCGUGCUCAAACUCGCAAGCUCCAAAGAAUGGGAGAGCGUAGGGACAAAGCUUUGAAAAAACUCAGAGAUCAACUGGCGGCAAAACAACCCACGAUUACCAGAAGGAAGAACUUCUGGGAGACCCCCAGUUUCAAAAUCGUGGCUUCAAUGUCAAUGGUGAUAUUGGUAAUAUUCUCGAAGCGAUAA